CUUCACUGGUCAACUCAUAAUCAACUAGAGCUCAUGAAGCUGCCCAAACAAAUGGCGCCGUCCAUGGGAAUCGAAUAAAAAGCUUUCAUGCUUUGUUGUCAUUGUUGACCAAGAAGGGAGAAGGAGAAGCUAGAUUUGCGGAACCAAGUCGUCACUCUCAGCUCCCUCAGAUCCCUAGAAUGAGGGAAGGAGGAGAUGAGUGAUGAUUGCCUUUACCUCCCUAGUUUCAAGUCAUCACUCUCAGCUUCUUGGUUCCAAGUCAUCAUUCCUCAGCUUCCUAGUUCCAGGUUAUCACUUUCAGCUCCAACUCAGAUCCCUGAUUCUAGGUCAUCAUCUCUCAGCUUCUUGGUUUCCAGGUUGUCAUUCCUCAUAUCCCUGGUUCCAGGUCGUCAUUACUCAACUUCCUGGUUCCAGGUCGUCAUUACUCAGCUUCUUGGUUCCAAGUCAUCCUUCCUCAACUUCUUGGUUCCAGGUCGUCAUUACUCAGCUUCCUGGUUCCAGGUCGUCAUUACUCAGCUUCUUGGUUCCAAGUCAUCCUUCCUCAACUUCUUGGUUCCAGGUCAUCUUUCCUCAGAUUCUUGGUUCCAAGUCAUCUUCCCUUAUAUCCUGGGUUCAAGGUUGUCGUUACUUAGAUUCCUGGUUUCUAGGUCAUUAUUACUAAGCUUCUUGGUUCCAAGUCGUCAUUACUCAGAUUCUUGGUUCCAUGUCGUCAUUCCUCAAAUCCUUUUGUAAAGCAUUCUCAAGGAAUCUAUAAAUACCCCACACCUCUCAAAGGUAGAGGACUUCUUCGAGAGCUCUUCUCUCUCUAUUAUACUUCUCUCUCUAAAGAGAGCCCCAAGUAUAGAAUAUUGGUAACUUGGGCAUCAGAGUAUCUACCUUGAAGGACAAUCCUCGAGUCUGUUUUGCAGGUCCCCUCAUUGGUUAACUCUUGAUCAACUAGAGCUCAUAAAGCUGCCUAAACAAGACUAACUAUUGAUAUCAUGAAUAAAGAGUGUUCAACAUU